ACACUUGGUGCCAGAUGACACCUCUGUAUCAACGGCUCGCAAAAGCUGCCUAGCUCCAGGAGAAGUGCUGUGACCUUGCUGGCUGAGCAGGUGCUGCUUUCAGCUGGAGGUACAGAAGACACGUGCAUUGGAUGAGAGCAUCAAAACUGCGCAAAACAAGCGUGAACAGUGCAAAUUUUGUCACAAAUGGCAUCAAACUGCAAGAGCUGGUGACUGGUACUACUUAAGUGAGAGCCCUGUGCAAUGCUGCACUGGAUUGGCCUUGACUCCUCUCAGGAGUCGGGAGAAGGUAACUAAGGAGGUUUUUUCAGAAGCAUUUUUACCAAGGACAAGUUUUCUACAGGUGCCUCAGUUCCCUCUGACUGGCCAUGCUGCUCCUCUGCCUGCCCACCCUUACGCAGGAGGACCUCCUCUGCCCCUGGGAGAAGGCCUCCGGUGGUAGGUGCCCUUGCAGCGUUUAGCACCACAAGCCGGCUGCUGGCGGCCUUCCAAACCCCACAGCCAGAGAGGUGCGAGGCCACCGCCGCUCCCUCUGCGGCCACAGCCAUGACAGCGGCUCCGCUCCCACCAACCACCUCAGGCGGCCCCACCCCAAGCCGCCAACGGCCGCCGCGCGCCGGGGCCUAACCAAGGCCCGCCCCCUCCCGCCGGCGCGGUCGUGGAUUGGUCAUCGGAGUGUUGCUCGUGACGCGGCUCUGUGGCGGGGGAGUUGCCCGCCAGAUUCAAGCUGAGGGGCCGUUGGCGGCGCGGUGAGGUGAUAGCCCUGCGCCGGCAUGGAGGUGCUUACUUUCCCUCAAUACAGCCCCGACGAUAUCAUCACUUACCUCCGCGGCCUCAUCCUAACCGGCGCUGAGGCUCGGAACCUGGUCAAGGGCGACGUGUUCGGCAACCCCAAGCUUGAAGUUUUACAUAUGAUUUACAUGAGAGUCCUGCAGAAAGUAUGUGGAAUCCGCCUGGAGCAUUUUUACAUGAUGCCACUCAACACAGGUGUAAUGUAUCCACAGAUAUUUGAAGGCUUUCUACCCGUUUGUAACCUGUAUAUUCACAUGGAGCGGUUACUUCCCGUGUGCCAGAUUAAUGAUUUUCAAAUUGCUGAUGUGUUAAACCCAAAAACUAAGAGGACAGUUCGCUUCUUGAGUGGUAUUCUCAACUUCAUGCAUUUCAGAGAAUCCCGACGUGAGGUCUACUUGGAGUUACAACAGAGCUAUAAAGCAGCUAUGGAGAAACACCAACAACUGGAGACUGCAAAUCAGGAGGCAGCAGCAAAGCUGGAGAAACUGAACACUGUUCCAGUUGAACAUCAAGCAGAGGUCAAGCAACUAACAGAUAACAUUCGAGAACUGGAACAACUACUAAGGCAAGACUAUCGUCGAAAACAAACAGCUUUGCAAGAAGUGAUUGCACAGAAGAAGUCAGCUAUUGCAGAGAGUACCCGGAAACUGAAUGACCUUAAAGUGACAAUGGCUACUUUGAAAGAAGAACAAGAGCAGCUAAAAUCAAAAAUUGUGGAGAGUCCAGAGGAACUGAAAAAUUACAAAGAAAUGAUGAAAGAGACUGUUAAGAAACUCAAGAGAUCCAAGCAAGAAGUUAUUGAGAAAUAUGAAGGUUAUAGAGACCUAGUUGAGGUUCUGCCAUCAUGCCAACUGGAGGUGCAGUUAUAUCAAAAGAAGAUGGAAAGACAGGGAGCAAAUGUGGAAAGACUGACCAGUGUAUUAUCGGAGGUCAGAGAUCUGGAGGACCAGCUUGAGAGUGCUCAGAUGGAGCUGAAAAAGGGGAAGACAGAUGAAACAUCCUUAAAGAGACUGGUCACUGCAAAACAUGAGAAGCUGUCUACAGCUGAAAUAAGGAUAAAAAAGAAGCGUGAAGAUGUUGAGCAAUAUAAGCAUACUGUAUUUGAGUAUUGUAACAGAGUUCAGGAGAAGAGGGAUGUUGUAUAUGAUAAAGUGGUGGCCAUCCAAAAAGAAAUCCACCAGACAAGGUUCAAAAUCCAGCAGCUGAAUGAUAAUGCUGAAAAACAAGAAAGGAAAGCUAAGGAAAUAUGCCUACAUCUGAAGGCUUGUUUGGAGAAGCAUCAUGACUCCCUCAUUAAGACAGCAAAGAGUUACGCAGCCUCACAGGAAGAUAAAGUUGCUGAACUGGAGAAGGGGCUGCUCAGAGUUCAGGCUUCUGGAAGCAGUUCAUAGACCUGUCUUCACUUGUAUUCCACCUUCAUUAUGUUUAUCCUUGUAUCUGAACUGAAGAGCUUGUGCUUUGUGGCAUGGAUAAUUAAUGACUUGAUUUUUUUUCCGCAGUGCUUAUAAUUAUUUAAAAAAUAAAAUGUUAGUUUUUGAAAUAGUUGAUAUAA